AUGGAUCGCUAUCCGUGUAUCAACAGAUACAAGUACACCGUCAACUGCCCAUCUUGGGUCUGGGUAUAUCGUACUCGUUGCGAAAACUGCGUUCUGGUAAGCAAUCACUUCCAGACAGCGAGGUAUUAUGGAAAAAGUCUUGACAUCGAGUAG